AUGAGGAAAGUGUCUAGAGGAACAGGGCCUAGUGACAGCAACGUGAAGGUCUCUACUGAGCCGAAUUUUGACCUGAAAGCUGACCUUUCCACACUGGAGUUGCAGUCCGUGAGUGUGGCAGGUGAGCAGGAUGCCUUCUCCGGAGGACCGAUCCCUGCCGUGUCGGCGGCCGUCCCGCCUUGCCUCGCGUCCGGGCGCGGCUGGAAGGGUCCGCGGGACGGGGCGGGGCCGGGCGGGGCCGGGAUCGGGACCGGAGCCACUCCCGUCGAGGCAGAGGGCCUCGCCGCGGCAGAGGCUGAGCAGGCUCACAAGGUUGUUGCAAGUUACAAACCCUCCAAGUUUGACAAAAAAAUCCUCCUCUGGACUGGCCGUUUCAAGACAGAAGAAGAGAUUCCUCUGAGGAUCCCGCCAGAGAUGCUAGACAAGGCAAGAAACAAAGCUCGAGUGAAAGCUUGUUACAUCAUGAUUGGACUCUCAAUUGUUGCCUGCUUUGCAGUCAUUGCUUCAGCUAAAAAGGCUGCUGCACGUCACGAGUCCUUAACAAGCUGGAACUUGGCAAAGAAGGCCAAGUGGCGGAAGGAGGCUGCGCUAGCCGCGGAGUCAAAAGCAAAGUAACUUCAUAUGAAACGCCAAAUGCCCUUCUAGGAGCAAAAUUAACCGUUGCUGAGAGCAAUUAGCGAGUUUCACCCAUACAUGGACAAUAGCAUGCACACUGGAGCCAAUAAGGGUAGUUACAGCAUCACAAAAAGAAAGGGAGGGUCUCUUUUAUUAGGGAGAUACUCGGUGUACGUGUUGCAUAUAGUUAAAGUUAGUAAGAAUGUGUUGCAUAUGCUUAAAAGCAGUAAUUCAUUUUAAAGGAGAUGAGGUAGUUUUGUAAGAAUAUUAGGCAUCUUUAGUUAGAUAAUGACAAAAUACUUAAAACCACAAAGUUUUCUGUGUGGGACACGGCCUAGUUUUUCAGCACGCAAAUCA